AUGAUGUAUGUGGGUGUAUGUCCACUAUACAACAUGAGUACACACGUCAUUAUCAUUAAUGAAGCCGGCGCGGUGCGUUACGCAGGCGGCCUUGGUUCAGAUGCUACACAUUACAACACAGAGUGUGAGUGGUGUGUGUGUAUAUAUAGACACUCACACACCUGUAUUUCGCGCGCGCAUUCCACUCCAAGUAUUUCCGAUUCCGGCCUCCUUAAGCCGUACAUUCGCUGUAGGCGAGCCCCGUGCGCCGGCGCAGGUCCCUCCGCCCGGCCGGGAGGGGGGAGGGGGGGGGUCUCGUGGGAGCCCGCCUUAGGAAUGUCAAUCGGUAGUUGUCGGUAUGCGGCUAACGGGCUGCCGUCGGUCGAGAUGGUAACUCUUAUUUAUAUGAAGGUAUUUGUACUAAUAACGAGUAUAGCCGCGGCCCUGCUAGCGGUACCUCUGAUUUAUAUCCGAGGAAUGCUGCUCGGCACACAUACCUCUCAGGAUACAAUGUUGGCACUAUCUGUUAGUUCUGAUGCUGUAUCAUGCUCAUCUCUAGAACCCGUACUAAUGAUAUACCAGUCUCAAAUUCUACUAUCGUCGCCACACAUUUGA